UUUCUUCCUACGAAUAAUAUACUUUUUACAAAAACAAACAUCUAUAAAAUACACUGUAGGCGAGCUUUAUUUAUAUUUUAUGAUCUCAAUAUUGAAUACUAAAAAUGAUGAAAACUUAGUUGUGAAGUAGCUUUUCUAUAUUUACAAACAUUUUCUACUCGAAGAAUCAAACUUUCCAGAUAAAUUGAGCAAUGUGCAUUACGCAUAUUAAAAUAUACAAAGUAUGUUUUUUAUAUAAAAUUUGAUUUACUAUUUUCUACCGUAAUACUCGAUACUAAUAUUUAUUUUUAUAUUCCAUACUUAUACUUGUAUUAAAAACUGUGAUUUACGAAAAAAGUUAUUGAUUGAUUGAUAGACUAGUAAAACAUAUUUAUAUAUAAUAUAUAUAUUUCAGAGAACAUGUGUCCUCUCUAUCCGUUACAUAUACUUGUUUUGUAUUGCUGUAUGCUCAUUCCUCUGUUCCUUGCUGUAGUUCAAGGAGCUGAAAACUUGGCUUCAUGGAACCUUAACUUCUCCGUUCCUAGUCUUGGUAAUGGGGAAAACAAACUACGAGAGGAAACCAGUCAAACCUUUGAUGUUCUCUGCUUCGACUGCCCUCAACUUGAGGAUGAGAAAUAUAUGUUGGAGUUAAAGAAUCAAGAUCCUGGGAUAGGAAUACUCAGCUAUCCGAAAACAGGAGUACAGCAGGAUGAGUCUGGCUAUCUUCAGCUGGAUAUUACUGGAUAUCCGGAGGAUUUCAACAUCAGUUUCAAUGUGACCGGCACCUUCCUCGGGUUUAGCAAGAUCUCUGCUAAAGUUGUUACUGCCAAAGACAAAACAGUUCAGGAGGUUGGAACCCCUGAGGAUCUACGGCUUACUGUAACUAGAAGUAUAGCAAAAAAGACCGCGAGCAAAAUCUUUGGUUACUCCGUGGCUGUUCUCAUCUCGUUCGCAUACAUCAAUAUGGGCUGCGCACUUGAUCUAGACGUUAUGAAGAGCGUUCUUAAAAGACCAAUCGGACCUGGGAUUGGGUUUGUGACUCAAUUCAUGUUCAUGCCACUGUGUGCUUUUGCGCUGACCUAUGUUUUCCCUAGUCAUAUGCCUGAAAUGAGACUCGGUCUCUUUGUUACAGGUUGCAGUCCUGGAGGGGGUGCAUCCAAUAUCUGGACAGUUAUGUUCGGAGGAAACCUAGAUUUGUCUGUGACAAUGACGGCUGUUUCCACCUUCUCUGCUUUCUUCAUGAUGCCUAUCUGGAUGUUUGCGCUUGGCGAGGUUAUCAUCGAAGACACGGAUAUUGUUGUACCGUACAGCAAGAUUUUAACCUACGGUAUUAUGCUGAUUGUACCACUAACCAUAGGAAUAGCAAUCAAGAGGUUUUUGCCACGUGUCUCUGCCUUCAUGGUGAAGAUAAUGAAACCAAUGGCUCUGUUCCUUAUCGUUUUCAUUCUAGUUUGCGGUAUUUGGUCCCAGUUCUUCAUGAUCCAGUUGAUCAGCUGGAGGAUUGCUUUGGUUGGGUUUGGUUUACCCUGGCUUGGCUUCGGUUUCGGUUGUCUCUUCUCAAAGCUCUGCAGAAGGGAGAGAAAAGACAUAAUCGCCAUUGCUGUCGAAACUGGAAUUCAAAACACAGGAAUGGCAAUCUUUAUGCUGUGGUUUACCCUGGACCAUCCGGCUGGAGAUCUUGCUGCUGUAGUUCCUGUAGCAGUUGCAACCCUUACUCCCUUCCCACUUCUAGCUGCUCUUCUUUACUACAAGUUGCGCUCCAUGUACUGCCCUUUGCUCAGAGAAGUUGAACUAGAGGAGAUGAAUAAGGACGGGUUUGAAACUACUCAGAGUCUCAUGGGAGAGAAGGGAUUGGAACCAAGCAUCAUCAAGAGUAAAGAAGAUUCAAAUCAGAAUAUUAAAGCAUAACUUCAAGACGGCUUCAGACGUUUUAGUCAUUUUAACAUAAAGGGGAUGGGAACAUUGAAAAAAAAUUAGUUUUUUGACUUUGGUGUAAACCAAUUCAACUUUUAGUAACGGAAACUUGAAGUCUCUCUUAAAAUAAGUAUUAUUUUUGAUCUAAUCGUAAACGCACACCAAAAUUUUAUUUAGAUAAGCACCUCAAAUGUUGGGCAUCUUGUUAUAUGUUAAAAUUAGAUAUAUAUUAUUAGUUUAAGACCUACUUCAGAUUGAAGACGAUUGUAGUUCUGCUGACGAAGGUCGGAAAGUAUAUUAUAACGAUCUUACUGUAUGUCUCAAAGGCAAUAUUGUGAUCUAUUGUAAGCGUUAAAAUAUUUGAAUAAGUCGUGAAGAAAAAACUUUCUCAUACUUUUUAAAAUUGUCAAACAGCUAAAAGGACUCAAAACCUGAUUAAAAUCCGAGUUAUUAUUUGUGCUAAUAUCAAUCUUAGCCUAAACAAAGUCACAAAUGAUUGUAGUCCUUUUCUUUGUAGUUUUUGUUAGUGAUCGUAGGUUAAGUGUAAUAUUAAAAUAUUAAAUUAUUGUUUUAUAUUGAAUUUACAUGAUAAACUUGCACAAAGAA